UGCUAGGAGGCCUCGGAGCGUGGGUUAAUCUGCGUCAUGGCUGAAGUCCCGCAAGGUUAUUAUUCUGGCCCCGAUGAAGAUGAAGACCUAGAAUCUGAGAGAUCUAAACUGCCUAGGUCUCUUAAAAUUGCCAAAGACGCCGAACCAGACAACCUGGCAGAGGUACGCACAGAGCAAUCUGUAGAGACUGACCAAGAUCCACAGCCAGAGACCGAGGAAGAGGACUUAAUAGAGGGAGUUCCAGAGAGUGCUAAAAAUGUAGACCCACGCCCAAAACCAACCACCACAUCUGAGGAAGAGAUUCCCAAGGAGCCAGAGAUAGACCUUUCUAGCGAUCCUGAGCCAGGGAUUUCCCAAGAGGUAAAGUCGGAGACAUACAGAGAGAUGGAAGAAGAACCUUUAGAGGAUUUGGAGGUCCCUGUGGAUGAAAAAUGUGAGGAGCCAGACCUAGAGCCACCAGAAGAGGCCAAACCAGAUGUUACAGAGGAUGUACUCAAAGGAACGGAUCUAGAACUACCAAAGGAAACCGAGUCUGAUGUUCCAGGGACCACAAUCAUUGAGACAAGAUUAGAGUUCCUGAAGGAAAACAAACCAGAGGUUACAGAGAAACCACUUGGAGAACAAUACACAGAGACAGCUCAAGAUCCUCCAGAGCAGUCUAAACCUGAAUUUCCAAGUGAGAAACCAAGAAAAUCCAUUGAAGAGGUAGAUCUACAGCCACCAAAGAUGACCAUACUAGAGAUCCCAGAGGAGACUCACAGAAAGUCACCUGAGGAGAAAAGGACAAAGCCAUCUGAGGAGGCCAAAUCAGAGUCUCCAGAAAAAACAAAGUCUACUGAGAAGGCAGUGCUAGAGCCUCCAGAAGAGAUGAAGCUAGAUGUUCCAGAGGAAAUGCAAAAAAAAUCAAUUGAAGAGAAAGAGACAGAGCCACCUGUGCAGACUAAACCAGAGUUUCCAGACCAGAAACCAAGUCAGUCUACUGAGGAGACACAAAGAAAUUCAACUGAGGAGAAAGUUCCAGAGUCACUAGAAGAGAUCAAAUCAGAGUUGCCUGAGGAAAAAUCAAGAAAACCAACUGAAGAAACAGGUCUAGAGCAAUUGGGAGAGACCAAACAAGAAGUUCAAGAGGAGACACAAAGCAAGUCAACUGUGGAGAAGGUUCUAGAGCCACCAGAGUAUACUAAGCCAGCAGGUGAAAAGGAAAAGCAGAGAAAAUCAACUGAAGAGAAAGGACCAGCACCACCAUUGAAGUGCAAAUCAGAGACACUGAGAGAGUCAACUGAGGAGGAAGGUCCAGAGACACCAAAACAGACUAAACCAGAGUUUCCAAAGGAAAAAACAAGAAAAUUAACUGAGGAAACGGGUCAGGUGCCACCACAGAAGACCAAACCAGAAGUUCAAAAGAAGACACAAACAGAGCCAACUAAGGAAGAUCUAGAGUUACCAGACAAAGCCAAACCACCACUUAAAAGAGAGACAGAGGUAGAGUUUGCCAAGGAAGAUAUGAAAGAACCAGUCCAACUUAAGCAUUCUGUAGACAAGGAUGAGCUGGAGUACCCUGACUCUAAAACAACAACGUCAGUAGAAAAAACUAAAAAGGCUACAAAAGGCUCUGUGUUAGGGUCUCGCUCAAUAAGCAACAGAGACUCAAUGACUUCAAAUUAUGAGUUUGCUAAAAAAAAACAAGAACUGUGUGAGUUUAUUGAUACCAGUAAUGAUUUCUAUUUCUCAGAGUCUCAGAGGGAUUUAAGAGAAUCCUUUAGUGAAAAGAAAGUUGUAGAUAUGUCCCCAAAGUUGGAGAAGAGGGUAGGUAAAGAAACCCAGCCAAAAAAAAGUAGUGAGCUACAAUUUGAGUAUCUUAAAUGGGAGCCAGAGAAUGUUGCAGAGUGGAUUAGCCAGCUAGGCUUCCCUCAAUACAAGGAGUGUUUUACGACAAACUUCAUCAGUGGCCGAAAACUCAUCCAUGUAAACUGCUCAAACCUCCCUCAGAUAGGGAUAACAAAUUUUGAGGACAUGAAGGUAAUUUCUUGGCAUACUCGGGACCUACUGAGAAUUGAAGAGCCAUUAUUCAGUCGCAGCAUCAGCCUUCCCUACAGAGACACUAUAGGCUUAUUUUUAGAGCAAAAAGGUCAUACAGGGGUAAAAUCUGAUUCCUUGAUGUUAUCUGAAUUUGUGCAAGCAGCAGGAUUACAGGAUUAUGCUCCACAAAUAACUGCCCCUGAAGAAAGUGAGGCAUUAAAUUACACUGAGCCAUAGAGAAAAGCCAUUUCACUUAGCUUGAAAGAUGAAACUAAAUUACUUGUAGGAAAAACUGUGGUCUUAUGGGGUUUUCUUUUUCUCCUCUUUAUUAAGGAUCUGAGUUAGAACUGUUGGCUCCUUACUAGCCUUAUCACUGACUCACAGCACCUCCCCUUUGUUUGUGUUUCAAUUUAGCCCCUCAUUAAAACAAAGAUAGCAAUGCUUCUCUUUCUGGGUAAUUGUAAGAAUUCCUGUUAAAUUCAAGUAAUGCAUCUAGUAGUAGGAGCAUGUUGAGGAAACAGAAUUACAAGUGAAAUCUCUUGCUAACCUAGAUAAUCCUCUCCACAAGUGCAGAAAAAGAAACAGUUUAAUUAUUGAAUCAAAACUAAAUCAGACUGUGAUGCACAUCACAGACAAGCCACAAAAGAGACUACAAAGAUAAGGAAAUCUUACCCUUUCAUAUAGCCAGGUAGAUACAACCCUUAACUUACAUGUUAACUAUAUGUACCCAAAGGAAAAAUAAAACUUCUCAUAUCUCUAUGACAAAUAAGAAGUCAUUCCUGGGAGCCAAGCAUUUAGGCUAAAUUUGCACAGAGUCGGGAAAACAAGAUAACAUCCUCCUAGAUGCUCACAUUUCAAAGAGAUGGCUCCAAGCCCCUCAGAAAGACAAGUCAUGGGAAUUAAAACUGGCAGGUGGUGAGAAAGGAAAGAAGGGAGGGAGAAGAAAAGAUGGUGGCAUGAGAAGUGAGGCAGAAACCUCCUCCCAAAACCACAUAUAACAUGAAA